GGUCCUUUACUAAUUUGCAGAGCAACUUUCCUUUCCCUCCCAAAUGGUGUGGGACCCCAUAGCCACAUGGGAAAGCAAUGGGAUGUUACCUACCGGCGAAGCUCCGAUCAGCGGCGGCGGCGUUGGCGGUUGCGAGCGGCUGGAGCAGGCUCUCCGAGACUGCCACAGGCGAGUUCCGGACGGUCCGGCGCGGCGAUCGGCUUGCCGGCAUCUAAACCGUUCUCUGGCGGAGUGCCUGGUGGCUACGGCUUGCCCUAACGAGGCGGAGGCGGUGCGAACCCUCUGCUCCACCGCCGGAACCGCUCUGAAGAGAUCGCAGUGCCAGCAAGCUAAGUUUUCCCUCUCUUUCUGUCUCUCUUCUCUCCAAUUAUGAAACCCUAGAUCCCUGAAAUCGCCAUUCAUAUCAUCGAACCAGGUGCGAAGUCCAUCGAAGAACACCGUCGGCGAAGCUUUUCUAAUUGCAUUUCUUUUUUCUUUUUAUUUUUUGUUUGAGAUCGUAAAUUUAUGUAAUUUAUUUGAGUUUUUACGAGAUCGAUCAAAAGUAUACAUUCUUUCGAGUAUUUUACUGCGAUUCAGCCCACAUUGACGGGAACUAUUGUUCUGAAAA